CUUUCCUCCCACCACCGCGCACGCCAUGGCAGCGAUUUCCGGGGCCGCAGACAUAGUUACCGCUUACGCUCGCGGCUCUGGGGCCCCAAGGCAGCCCGCCGGCUCUUCGACGACUUUGGAGGACGCCCUGAAGCUUUUCGGAACCGAUGCUACAGAGGGGAACACAUCGGGAGGGGCGCAAAAAAAGCGAAAGCUGAAUAAUGGCCGUCGCCUGGAAUUACAGCCUGUAGGAGUGUUUGACGAGGAGCAGAGUGUUGUUCUUGUGACUAUACAGCUAGAUCUCAAGCUCCCUGUAGAUCAAGGCGCGCCGCCGAGCGUACCGGACGAGUCGCGUAAGUCUCUACUACUGUCGCUAGAAUCGUUUUCUCGAAACCGCGCAAAUCAAUUCACCAUCUCUGUAUGGGAUACCGCUUCCACGACCGGAUUAGACACCGUUGCCACCUGCACUCCCAAGUUACUUGACUCGAUCGCACCACACCUUGAGAUUGCUGCAACGCUUUCUACAACAAAGGAAGGGAAGAAGAGGUCUAACAAAUCUCGGGUUCCCUUCAGCCGGUGCGUUCUUACACCACCGGCAGUCGGUCUGCACACCUUUCGGGUAGCGGUUGAGAUUCGGUGGCUCGUAGGAGUGUCAGUGGUGGAGCGACAGGGUCUUAGGAGUGCUAUCAGAAAUGACCUGGACCUCCUCGCAAAGUAUCUUCCGGACGAUUCGAGAGAAGCCAGGACACCAUGGGCGCUCUCCGACUUCUACGACGCCGUUCAUAUGCCCGGAACCAAUUCUACCGUUUCGCCCCGCAUUCAACAUAGCCUAAUGGAGACCGCACUAUACCCCUUCCAACAGAGAGCCGUAGACUGGUUAUUGCGGCGUGAGGGAGUUGCAUUUUCAGGAUCUGGAGAACUCAUUCCAGUCCCAGAUUUCUCGUCAGUCUCUGCGCCCGUAUCAUUCAGGCCUACGCAGGACGCUGCAGGCAAGCCUUGUUAUGUCAGCCACUUACGCGGCAUGGUCAUCUCUGAUCUGAGAAAAGUUGGCGAUGCAUCGGGAUUGCCCCGAGGAGGCAUAUUAGCUGAGGAGAUGGGCCUAGGGAAAACGGUAGAACUGAUCGCACUCAUAUGUCACCACAAACGGAAAAUUCCUGCUGGCGAUAUUUACGAUACGUAUACGGGAGCCUCUGUCACGCCUUCCGGUGCCACACUCAUCAUCAGCCCUCCGUCGAUCCUCGAGCAGUGGAAGAACGAAAUCAACACCCAUGCGCCAGAGCUGAAGGUGUUGCAUUAUAAGGGGCUGCCUCCGCCGUCUGCCCCCAAGAAAGAACAUGCAGAGACUACCCUCGAGAAUUUGUUGCAGUUCGACGUUGUGCUGACAACGUACAAUGUCCUAUCCAAAGAGAUCCACUUCGCUACACCCCCUCCUGAUCGCGCCCUGCGUAACGAAAGGCAAUACGAGCGUCGUAAAAGCCCGCUGGUCGAAAUUUCAUGGUGGAGAGUGUGUCUUGAUGAAGCACAGAUGGUGGAAAGUGGUGUGAGCCAGGCCGCUACUGUUGCCCGCAUUAUACCCCGCUGUAAUGCUUGGGCUGUAUCCGGUACACCACUGCGAAAGGAUGUACAAGAUCUGCGCGGUCUUCUCAUAUUUUUGCGCUACGAACCCUUUGCUGGAUCCAAAUCGGUAUGGGAUCGUCUCGAUAAGCCUUCGUUCCGAACCAUCUUCAAUCGCAUCGCUCUGCGCCAUACCAAGGAUAAGAUUCGCGAAGAGCUACGCCUCCCCCCGCAGAAGCGUGUCGUCAUCACCGUUCCGUUCACUGCUAUUGAAGAGCAAAACUAUUCAGAAAUGAUCCGCCAAAUGUGCGAUGCUUGCUGGCUUUCCACUGAAGGAGUCCCUCUUCGCGACGACAGAGAAGCCGAUCACCCCGAAGUCAUUGAGCGAAUGCGCGAAUGGCUCAUUAGGCUGCGCCAGACGUGUCUGCAUGCGCACGUAGGCAAGCGAAACAGGAAGGCUUUGGGUGCGAAAAAUGGUCCCCUCCGCACUGUGCACGAAGUGCUCGAAGUCAUGAUUGACCAGAACGAUACGCUUCUGAAGUCCGAAGCGCGAGAGAUCAUCCUCCUUCGCACCAAACUUGGUCAUAUUAAGGCCAACGCCAAGGACGUUGAAAACAGAAGCGAGACUGCUCUUCCCGACUAUCAAAAAGCUCUUGAAGAAGCUCAAAGCUAUGUUAAGAGCUGUAGGGAGGAGCUGUCCCUUGAGAAAGAGAAGGCUGGCGCGACAUCUGCAACUCCUGCUGCUCUUACUGAGCGCGACGGGCAGGAUUCCGCCGACGAAGACGACAGAGAAGGUGAUAACGUGGGCCAAGUAUCUGUUGCUCGCAAAACUCUUCGCUCGUUCCUAGAGCUGGAACAUGCAUGCUAUUUCUUCAUCGGGACGGUUCACUUUCAGUUGAAGUCGAAUGAGAACCUGACGAAACCGGACUCGGAGGAUUUCCAUCGGCUAGAGAAACUCGAGGUUGAAUGGUACGACAAGGCCAAGCAAAUCCGUCGAGAGCUUCUCAAAGAAUCCCAAAACCGGGCCCAACGCCAGAUGAAGAAGAUCAGUCAGAAGAAGCCGUUCCAUCAACUUCCUCACAUAGACGAGCUUCCGGAUCUUGGUGGUAUUGAGAGUCGAAAGAUUUUGGAGAUGAUGGACAAUAUUACCGAAGUUCUUAAUGCACAGACAGAGCAGCUCCAAAAAUGGCGCUCUAAGAUCGUGGACAUCCUGCUCGCCCCGCUUGUCGAUGAAGAUGAAGAGAAAGAGACCACUGGCGAUGAAUACGAAGAUUCCACCAAGGCACAAGACGAGCUUUACAUCUACAUCAUGGCUCUUCGAACGCUAGUGGCGAACCGAAAUGCUGCCGUGAACGGGCUAGAGGACGUUCUCGUUGAGCAUGAGCUGAAAGAAGCAGAAAAGAAUGCGCGAGAACAAAAAGGACAUGCGCCGGAGCUGGUGCUCGACGUCGUACAAACCUGUAAGAAGCUCAAGCCGAACGCCGGACACGGAUCACUGAAAGGGGUCGUCUCGGGUGCACGUUCUCUGAUCACCCGGCUUCAAUGGGCGGCUGAUGGAGGAGACACGCGAAGUGCAACCGAGCUAGCUAUCGCCGAGAAACACUCCGCACGCAUACAAGCAAUUGCUUCCGAACAAGCUAAGGCUUUCUUGGAGUUGGAGAAGGAGCAGGAAAUGUUCCGCGCCACGAUGAACCAACGUUUGGAGUUCUACCGCCAGCUUCAGCAUAUUUCCGAUACUGUGGCUCCAUGGAGGGAGGAGCUAGAUGACGUUCUCGACUUUGUCGAGUAUGAACGGCAUAUGAUCUCCAUGGAGCUUAAGGAGAAGGCAUUGGCGAGUUUGAGGACAAAGCACGCGUAUCUGACAAACCUUCGGCGCGAAACCCAGCAAGAGGACUUGAAGCACGAAUGUAUAAUAUGCCAGGACGAGUUCGAAAUCGGCGUCUUGACUUCGUGUGGGCACAAGUACUGCAAGCACUGCAUCAAUCAAUGGUGGCACGCGCAUCGCACAUGCCCGCUAUGCAAACAGAAGUUGUCCCACCGCGAUUUCAAAGAUAUCAGUUUCCGACCGGUUGCAAUUGCAACGGAAGAAGAGACGCCUGGCAUAGCAAGUCCAUCUCAGCCUUCGACUCCGUCUUCGGCCAAUACGUCCAUCUAUUCCGACAUCAGCGAUACGACGAUGAAAGAGAUCAAAAUGAUUGACCUUGACGGCUCGUACGGUACCAAGGUCGACAUGAUCGCGCGACAUCUACUCUGGAUUCGGAAUAACGACCCUGGUGCUAAGUCAAUCAUCUUUUCUCAGUUCGGCGAUUUCCUCGAAGUGCUGCGAGAAGCGUUUAGAAAGUGGAAGAUCGGCGCCAGCGCUAUCCGAGAUAAGGAUGGGAUCCAUAAGUUCAGGACCGACCCUGCAGUGGAGUGCUUCUUAUUGGACGCAAAGUCAGAUUCUUCCGGUCUCAACUUGGUCAACGCGACCUACGUCUUCCUUUGCGAGCCACUUAUCAACCCCGCUAUCGAACUGCAGGCCAUUGCUCGAGUGCACCGAAUCGGUCAGCAGCGUCCGACGGCCGUGUUCAUGUAUCUAGUUAGCGAUACGGUGGAGGAGGCGAUCUACGACAUUUCAGUGUCCCGUCGUCUGGAGCACAUCGGGCGCGGCUUGCGGUCUGGUUCCGCGACGCCUGCGUUGCAAGAGAAGACGCUCGAUGCAGCGAAUUCGAUGGAGAUGGAAGCGGCACCGCUCAAGCAGCUUCUACGGAAGAAGGGAGAGGGAGAGAUCGUGCCGGUGGACGACCUGUGGAGCUGUCUGUUUGGUAAGGCACGGAAGCAGCAGAGGGCGGUGUUGGACCAAGAAGUUGGGAGACACCUGCGUGCAGAGGCAGCAGAGAGGAGGAUUAUUGAGGCUGCGUCUGGUUGAUGAGUAUUGGGGGCAACGGUCGGCGUUGAUAUGAGGGCCCAUAUGUGAUUGUGCUUUGGCAGACUGGUUAUUGGACGUUAUGGCUUGCGUAUACCCCUGGGGAUGUUUAAUUAGACGCCAGAUAGACCGAACUGGUACAUGUACUGUGUAGCCCAAGCUGAACCGGAUUCCCGCCUUAGGCGAGGUUCGGAAUUAC